AUGUGGCCCAUUCAUGCCUAUGGGGGCUAUGUGCACAGGCUAGGCAUUAGGAGAGGCUACACUUCUGUAACAGAGCCCCCAACCCCCAGCCCCCAGCACCCAGCACCCAACUCCCAACACCCAGCACCCAGCACCCAACUCCCAGCACCCAACUCCCAGCACCCAGCACCCAACCCCCAGCCCCCAGCACCCAACUCCCAGCACCCAACACCCAGCACCCAACUCCCAACACCCAGCACCCAGCACCCAACUCCCAGCACCCAACUCCCAGGACCCAGCACCCAACCCCCAGCCCCCAGCACCCAACUCCCAGCACCCAACACCCAGCACCCAACUCCCAGCACCCAGCACCCAACUCCCAGCACCCAGCACCCAACCCCCAGCCCCCAACUCCCAGCACCCAACACCCAGCACCCAACUCCCAGCACUCAGCACCCAACCCCCAGCCCCCAGCACCCAGCACCCAACUCCCAGCACUCAGCACCCAACCCCCAGCAUCCAGCACCCAACUCCCAGCAUCCAGCACCCAACCCCCAGCCCCCAGCACCCAGCACCCAACUCCCAACACCCAGCACCCAACUCCCAGCACCCAACCCCCAGCACCCAACUCCCAGCCCCCAGCACCCAACUCCCAGCACCCAACCCCCAGCCCCCAGCACCCAACUCCCAACACCCAGCACCCAGCACCCAACUCCCAGCACUCAACCCCCAGCCCCCAGCACCCAACCCCCAGCACCCAACACCCAGCACCCAACUCCCAACACCCAGCACCCAGCACCCAACUCCCAGCACCCAACUCCCAGCCCCCAGCACCCAACUCCCAGCACCCAACACCCAGCACCCAACUCCCAGCACCCAGCACCCAACUCCCAGCCCCCAGCACCCAACUCCCAGCACCCAACACCCAGCACCCAACUCCCAGCACUCAGCACCCAACCCCCAGCCCCCAGCACCCAGCACCCAACUCCCAGCACUCAGCACCCAACCCCCAGCAUCCAGCACCCAACUCCCAGCAUCCAGCACCCAACUCCCAGCACUCAGCACCCAACCCCCAGCCCCCAGCAUCCAGCACCCAACACCCAGCACCCAACUCCCAGCACCCAACCCCCAGCAUCCAGCAUCCAGCACCCAGCACCCAACUCCCAGCACCCAACUCCAAGCACUCAGCACCCAACCCCCAGCAUCCAGCACCCAACACCCAACUCCCAGCACCCAACUCCUAGUACUCAGCACCCAACUCCCAGCAUCCAGCACCCAACCCCCAGCCCCCAGCACCCAACACCCAGCACCCAACACCCAGCACCCAGCACCCAACACCCAGCACCCAACUCCCAGCACCCAGCACCCAGCCCCCAACACCCAGCCCCCAGCACCCAGCACCCAACACCGAGCACUCAUCGCCCAACACACAGCACUCAGCACCCAGCAACCAACCCCCAGCACCCAUCCCCCAGCAUUCAACCCCCAGCACUCAACCCGCAGCACCCAACACCCAGCACCCAACCCCCAGCACCCAACCCCCAGCACCCAACACCCAGCACCCAACCCCCAGCACCCAGCACUCAACCCCCAGCACCCAACACCCAGCACCCAACCCCCAACACCCAGCACUCAACCCCCAGCACCCAACACCCAGCACCCAACCCCCAACACCCAGCACUCAACCCCCAGCAUCCAGCACCCAUCACCCAACACCCAGCACCUAACACAGAGCACCAGCACCCAACACCCAGCACCCAACACCCAGCACUCAACACCCAGCACCUAACACAGAGCACCAGCACCCAACACCCAGCACCCAACUCCCAGCACUCAACCCCCAGCCCCCAGCACCCAACCCCCAGCACCCAACACCCAGCACCCAACUCCCAGCACCCAACCCCCAGCCCCCAGCACCCAACUCCCAACACCCAGCACCCAACUCCCAGCACCCAACUCCCAGCCCCCAGCACCCAACUCCCAGCACCCAACACCCAGCACCCAACUCCCAGCACCCAGCACCCAACUCCCAGCCCCCAGCACCCAACUCCCAGCACCCAACACCCAGCACCCAACUCCCAGCACUCAGCACCCAACCCCCAGCCCCCAGCACCCAACUCCCAGCACUCAGCACCCAACCCCCAGCAUCCAGCACCCAACUCCCAGCACUCAGCACCCAACCCCCAGCAUCCAGCACCCAACUCCCAGCACUCAGCACCCAACCCCCAGCAUCCAGCACCCAACACCCAGCACCCAACUCCCAGCACCCAACCCCCAGCAUCCAGCAUCCAGCACCCAGCACCCAACUCCCAGCACCCAACUCCAAGCACUCAGCACCCAACCCCCAGCAUCCAGCACCCAACACCCAACUCCCAGCACCCAACUCCUAGUACUCAGCACCCAACUCCCAGCAUCCAGCACCCAACCCCCAGCCCCCAGCACCCAACACCCAGCACCCAACACCCAGCACCCAGCACCCAACACCCAGCACCCAACUCCCAGCACCCAGCACCCAGCACCCAGCACCCAGCACCCAGCCCCCAACACCCAGCCCCCAGCACCCAACACCGAGCACUCAUCGCCCAACACACAGCACUCAGCACCCAGCAACCAACCCCCAGCACCCAUCCCCCAGCAUUCAACCCCCAGCACUCAACCCGCAGCACCCAACACCCAGCACCCAACCCCCAGCACCCAACCCCCAGCACCCAACUCCCAGCACCCAGCACUCAACCCCCAGCACCCAAUACCCAGCACCCAACCCCCAACACCCAGCACCCAACCCCCAACACCCAGCACUCAACCCCCAGCACCCAACACCCAGCACCCAACCCCCAGCACCCAGCACCCAACUCCCAGCCCCCAGCACUCAACCCCCAGCACCCAACACCCAGCACCCAACCCCCAACACCCAGCACCCAACCCCCAACACCCAGCACUCAACCCCCAGCACCCAACACCCAACCCCCAACACCCAGCACUCAACCCCCAGCAUCCAGCACCCAUCACCCAACACCCAGCACCUAA